AUGUUAAAAACAAUUUGGUAUCAUUGUACAACUGAAUACAGUGUCAAAGAAAUUGAAAAAGAUGCUGAAUAUGAGAAACAAUUAGUCAAUGCAUUUCCUCAAUUAUUAACAUUCACUGAUAUAAAUAAUUGUAUUGAUUACAUCACCGAUUGUGAUGAUCGAACGGUCUCUUUGAUUUUUUCCGACGUUCAAGGUAUUCAAUCUUUAUCACUUAUUUAUCAACUUGAACAAUUCAUACGUAUUUAUGUUUUGGAACCGAUUUCNCCAGGAUGCUUAGCAACAAUCUCAUCAAGAUAUGGCAGAUCUAAUGCUUCGUUCGUUUUUGCUAUAAAUAUAACAGAUGACAGUACACCUCCAUUGUCGAUCAAAUUCUGCACCAAAUAA